AUGGGAAAGAAGCCUCAGAAAACGAAGGAGCUAUCAGUGGCAAUAGCGGAAGCUUCGUCAACAGGAGACGAAUCUCAGCAGCAACCCCAGGCUCAUACCCCAAGAAAGAGAGGAAGGCCUCGCAAGAUUGUUAUUGAAGAGCAAUCCACAGCAGGAGUAGAAGAAUCUGCUUCUGCUUCUGCAGCUGAAGAUGUUAAAGAAAGUGAUUCCAAAAAAGCAAAAGUAGAUGAGGAUGAGGAUGAUGAAGAUCAAAAGCAGAAGCAACAGGAAGAGUUACAGCAGCCAAAGGUAAAAGAAGAAGAAGAAGGAAAUUAG